GCUGUGGUGAUACAAGCACUUAAGAGAGUGCACUUAAGGGAGUAUAACAUUUCUUUCUCUAUGGAUCAACCAAUUCUUCUUCUGCUCUUAUUAAAAUAUUUAUUUAAGGGUGCACAGUGUGUAGAUUGUGACCAAGCGAAAAAGCCUCCUAGAAUAGUUUUGAUGGAGUGGACUGAACUGCCCAAAGGAGAGGAUCCAGACUAUUAUAUUCUGACAUACCAGCAAGCAGAUGCUUUCAGUCAAAAAAAUGUAAGAAACAUUUCUAAAGUUGAACGGAAACCUGUCAGUACUGCAGUUCUGCUCGAGCAAAAUAGGAAGUAUGAUAUUACAAUAGAAUCCCUGAAAAAUGGCCAAAUCUUAAGUGUGAAAUCAUUUAAAACACGUGGAAUUUCAGAAAAUGACAUCAAAAUAUUUGUGACAGCUACUACAGUGUCUUUUAAUUGGAGUACGAUGAUCAAAGAAUUUUCAGUUUCUCUUUUCCUGAAUGGUACUUCUCAGAUUAUAAAAAGACCCAGUGGAUUCUUUGUAUGGAGAAAUUUGACACCUGCUACCAUUUAUACAUUUAAGUUUAUAUUUGAACAAUUAAAUCCUGAAUUUGUAAAUGUGUCUCAAUCACUGGAUAUUCAAGCUGAAACAGGAACCUGUUCCAAAGGGUGGGUGGCAUUCCAGAGCAGCUGCUACCAAAUGGGAAAGGAGAGCAAGCCAUGGAAGGUGGCACAACAAACCUGUGAAACCUCCUCACAAGGGGCACAUCUUCUUGACAUAGGGAGUGAAGAAGAACAUGGGUUUGUGUUGUCAUAUCUCCAGAAAAUUAGUCGAAUAAUCAUGUUAUGGACAGGUCUUAAUGACCUAAAGGAAGAAGGUCAGCUUGUGUGGACAGAUGGAUCUCCUUAUCUUCUAAAAGAUGGUAUCUCAUCUCUAUCAAUGAUACCAGAAAAUCAAACUGACUGCUAUGCCCUUCAGAAAGAUCCCACUGGCCCAGACUAUUUUUUCACAGGAUUUUUCUGCUAUGUCCAGCUACCAUAUAUUUGUGAAUAUGAAUUACCUGUGGUACCAGAAAACUUCAUGUUUGAUGUGCAUGAUGUCGAGACAACUGAAGCUGUAAUUGUGUGGAGCAGUAUGGACAUGUGGCUUAAGUCAGGCUUUGCACUUAUACUUAAGUACUAUUUUGCUCAGUGGAAACCAUACAUUCUGAACUUGCCUGUGAAUACAACUCAGACAAAAAUUGGGCAGCUGUCUCCAGGCCUUCACUAUAGUUUCUUAUUAGCAGCAAGGAACCCAGAAGGAGCACAGACUAGCUUAAGUCCAGUUGUGAAGGUAGAAACAAGGCCCUUGCAUUCCCAGAAGUUAGAGGCUACGUAUGUUUCAUCUACAGAAAUCCAUUUAAAAUGGAAGCCUCCCCAGCAUUCAUACAGUGUUUCUUUUCACCACUACCUGGUCAACAUAUUGGAUACUGAAACCAACAUCUGGGAACAGUUACCAGUUGAAAAAAGCAAGACUUCAAUAGUCAUACAAAAUAGAAAACCUUAUCACCAGUAUCAGUUAUAUUUACAGAAUGUCGCAGAGAAAGGCAUUCUAAGCUGCCACGAGAAACCUAUACUAAUCACAACAGCUGUCAGUCCACCUACAGCUGUUUAUAUUUACCCAGAGGAUGUAGAAGAAGAGAGUGUAAUCCUUCACUGGAAGCUGCCACAAGAGUGUCAGGAAUCCUACAUUCAAGUGAAACCUAAUGCAGGCAUCGGUGAAACAAAGAAGUUUUUAUUAAGUAAUAAAGAAGAAUUAAAGGUUGAUGAUCUAACUCCGGGAAUGGCUUAUGAAAUAGCAGUGGCAAGUGUGAAAAAUGGAACUAGGAGUGAACUGAAGACCAUUCAAUGCACUUUAAAGCCCAAGCCUGUUCAAAUUGCAGUUCCUUAUGAGCUCCAUAGCAAUGCUGUGGUACUGUUUGUUCACAUGCCCGAUGUCGGAGUAUUUGAUGGCAUAUAUGUUACAAGUAAAGAAGGACCUAAUGCAACAUUCAUUUUAAAAAGUGAUGGUAAAAUAACAAUUGAGAACCUCACUGCAGGAAGACAAUAUGAUUUCUGUGUCUCCACAAAAAGUGGAAAAAUGUUGAGCUCCUUUUACCAUAUAAAUGGUGUAAAAACCUGUCUGGCAGCUCCCCUGAAUGUACGAGAGGGUGAUGUCACUGACACUUCCAUCCAGGUCUUGUGGGAUGGCGCUGAUGGAGAUUUCGAGCAGUACGAGGUUACCUGUACUAAUUGUGCAGGUGCUUUCAAGGUCCAGAAGGUCAAGCAAGAAACAGCAACAUUUUCCAACCUCAGUCCUGGUAAGCUGUACAGUUUUGCAAUUCGAACAGAGAAGGAAGGUUUCAGAGACAGUGUUUUUGUGACAAAAGAAAUAGACACAGCACCAAGUGCAGUCAAAUAUCUGAACUGUAGCAGAGACUCUGAAUCAAUAACUGUUACCUGGCUCCCAGCCCAAAGUAUGUUUGAUGGAUAUGUUCUUUCAAUAAACAGUAAGGUCUUUGAUGAGAAGAAAAUUUUACCUUCUGGUGUGAGAAUGCACAAAUUUGAGCAUCUUCUGCCGGGCACUGAUUUCUUAAUCAAUAUUGUGACAACCAAUGGAUUAAAAAGAAGUCUCCCUACUGUCCUCAAGAUUAGCACCUAUCCUGACCCACCAUCAGAUUUACAAGUGUUUGGACAAGAAGAAAAUACAGUCUAUUUUUCUUGGAAACUCCCAAGAGGAGGAUUUGAUAUGUUUCAGCUUUCAUAUUAUCUGAUGAAUAAUGAAAAGCUGCUUACCAGGACUAUUUAUGACAGCAGAGCUGUAGUGAAAAAUCUGACCCCUGGGACAGAAUACAUUUUUCAGUUAAGGACAGUUAAAGGCUUGGAUUCCUCUGUGGCUGUGGAGAAAAAAGUCAUCACAAAACCUGCUGGGAUAUGUGGUCUGAUAUUAAAAAUGGUAAAUACUUCCUCCGCAACUGUAAUGUGGAAUCCAACCAAGACUAACUUCACUUCUUAUAAAGCAUCUUUAUCCAACAACACCUUCAUUAAAAAGUUCAGAAUUCCAGGAACAGUGACUGACUUCAGUGUUACAGACCUGAUGGCUGGGAGCAUUUACAAUUUCACACUGAAAAGACUAAAAGGAAAUAUUGAAGGAGUUUCUGCUUUCCUUGAAUUUAUAACAGAACCUGCAAAGCCAGAAGGUCUUAAAUUCUUCAAUGUUUCAUCAUAUUAUUUUUCACUGUAUUGGAGACUACCGUAUGGACUUGUAGACAGAUUUCAUGUGGCUCUUGUUCCUGAUCAUGCUUCUGUUGUUAUCCUAGAUCUUGGAGUUAGGGAGUAUCAAGCUGAUUUUUCCAAUACUAUUCCUGGAACAACAUACAAUGUUACAGUUUCUUCAGUUUCUUCUUCAGUCUAUAGUUCACCUGCAAGUAGAACUGUGACAACAAAUGUGACAAAUCCUGGGCCACCUGUGUUCCUUGCAGGUGAAAGAGUGGGUUCUGCUGGGAUUCUGCUGUCAUGGAACACACCACUCUAUCCAAAUGGGAGAAUUCUAUCCUAUGUUGUUAAAUAUAAAGAAGUCUGCCCGUGGAUGCAAACAGCUUAUACGCAGGUCACAACAAAACCAGACAGUUUGGAAGUUCUUCUCACCAGUCUUAACCCUGGAACAACUUAUGAAAUUAUGGUUGCUGCUGAGAACAGUGCUGGUAUUGGAGUGUUUAGUGAUCCUUUCCUUUUCCAGACUGCAGAAAGUGCUCCAGGUAAAGUAGUGAAUCUCACAGUUGAAGCCUUAAAUUCUUCAGCUGUAAAUCUGAUCUGGUUUCUCCCUCGGCAACCAAAUGGAAAGAUAACUAGUUUCAAGAUUAGUGUGAAACAUGCAAGAAGUGGAAUUGUAGUGAAAGAUGUCUUGGUUAAAGUAGAGGACCUUCUGUCUGGGAGGUUACCAGAAUGUAAUGAUAAGAGUGAAUCUUUUUUGUGGAGUACUACCACUCCUUCAACUACUUUUGGGAAAUCCACGAGUCUUUCAGGGACUACAGUGACACCAAGUACAGAGGCAGCAAGUCAGAUGAGCUCUGUUUGGAGUGAACCGAUCAGCUUUGUUGUAACUCACCUCAGGCCAUACACCACCUAUCUUUUUGAAGUCUCUGCAGUUACCACUGAAGCAGGCUACAUUGACAGUGCAAUUGUUCGGACACCAGAAUCAGUUCCAGAAGACCCACCACAGAAUUUAGCCAAGAGCAACAUUACAGCAAAGUCUUUCUCAGUAAUGUGGGACCCACCAACCAUAAUAACAGGGAAAUUCAGUUACAGAGUUGAGCUGUAUGGACCAUCUGGUCAUGUUCUAGAUAACAGUACAAGAGACCUCAAGUUUGUGUUUAGUAACCUUGUGCCGUUUACAACGUACGACGUGUUCGUCAGUGCUGAGACAAGCGCUGGGGUGGGGCCAAAGAGCAACCUCACAGUUUUCACUCCUGCAGAUGUCCCAGGUGCUGUAUCAGAUUUACAACUAGCAGAAGUGGAAGCCACAUAUAUAAAAAUUACUUGGAGGAAGCCACAACAACCAAAUGGAAUCAUUACCCAGUACAGAGUUAAAGUACACGUGCAGGAAACACUCGUCACUCUGGAAAACACUAUUCUUGGAGAUAAAAAUAAGUAUCUGGUUGAUUCAUUGGAACGAUAUGCAAUAAAUGAAAAUAUCAAACCUUCUUCUCCCCCUUGGAAUUCAAUGGAAGCAGACAAUGAUUUAUAUGAAGGUUCAGCUGAAAUGUUUUCCAGCAUUCAGACAGCUUCCCCGGUAAUAUUUACAAGUGUAUCUGGUGAUAAUUUGCCUGAUAUAAAUGGAGCUACAGGACUACAUUCUGCUUUGGAUAAUCAAUAUAACAUCGAUAUUUUGGCUGAAGAAGUGUCAUAUGUUAUAGAGGGCCUCACACCUUUCACAGAUUACACAAUUAGUGUGUCUGCUUUCACUGCUGUUGGAGAAGGACCACCAUCAGUUCUUACAGUCAGGACAAGUGAACAAGUCCCAAGCUCAGUGCAAAAUAUAUUUUACAAGAAUAUUAGCUCCUCCUCUGUCUUGCUAUAUUGGGAUCCUCCAGCAAAUCCCAAUGGGAAAAUAAUUCAUUAUACUGUUUACGCUGUGGAACUGGAUACAAAAAGAGCAUUUCAUGAAACAACUUCAAACAACAGUUUACUUAUGACAGGUUUAAAAAAGUACACAAAUUAUAAAAUGAGAGUCACAGCCUCUACUGCAGUUGGAGAAAGUGCUUUGUCUGAAGAGAACGAUGUGUUUGUGCGCACCCCUGAGGACGAACCAGACUCCCCACCUCAAAACUUAGAAUUAAUAAAUGUAACUGCAACAGAAAUAAAUCUGAGAUGGUUACCACCUGAGCAGCCUAAUGGUGUCAUAACUCACUAUGAAGUUCUGUACAGUGAUUCCAAUGAUUUUUUAAUCAAAAAUGCCUCAUCUACAAGUAUAUCACUAAGUGAAAUGAAGCCAUAUACUCUCUACAACAUCUCAGUAAGAGCAUUCACCAGAUUUGGCUAUGGGAAUCAGUCAUCUUUUCCACUUCUGGUCAGAACUUCUGAAACUGUUCCCGCUUCUGCACCAGAAAACAUAACCUAUAGGAACAUCUCAUCCAUGGAAAUUGAAUUGUCAUUUUUUCCCCCAUCCAUUCCCAAUGGAAUCAUACAGACCUACACAAUAUAUCUCAUGAGGACUAAUGGGACUGAGCAAAGAGUUAUUAACACUACCCUUCUGACACUACGUAUUACAGAUUUAAGUAAAUAUACAGAAUAUACUGCAGAAGUGUCUGCUAGUACCACAAUGGGGGAGGGCGUUCGUAGUUCACCUCUGCAUAUAUUAACUGAUGAAGAUGCUCCAAGUUCUCCUCCACAAGCCCUCUCUGUAAAACAGUUGUUGGGUGUCACUGUGAAGUUGUCAUGGAAACCUCCUCUGGAGCCAAAUGGAAUUAUCCUCUAUUACACAGUUUGUGUCUGGAAUAAAAUGUCAAAGAGGAGUGUAAAUGUAACAGAAACAUCACUGGAAUUCACAGACCUAGAAUAUAACUAUGAGUAUAAUGCUUACCUAACAGCAAGUACAAGAUUUGGAGAUGGCAACAUAAAAAGUGACACUAUAACAUUCAGAACUUCUGAAGGAGCACCAAGUGAUCCACCGAAAGAUGUUACAUACAGAAACCUUUCUUCCACGUCAAUAAUGCUAUUCUGGUCUCCUCCUCAAAAGCCUAAUGGAAAUAUACUGUACUACUCAGUUUAUUUCAAAAACAAUUCAGGAAUAUUCAUACAGAAUUUCACAAGUUAUGGUAAUGACAGCAACCUCAGUGCGUCUCCAUUUGUAGUGCUGGAUGACUUGGCAAAAUACAGCCAUUAUACUUUAUGGUUAACUGCAAGCACAGCAUUUGGAGAUGGAAACAAAACCAGUGAAAAAAUAGAUGUGUAUACAGAUGAGGAUAUCCCAGAAGGUUUUGUUGAAAAUCUGAUCUAUCAAAACAUUUCCUCAUCUUCUGUAAAUGUAAGCUGGCUUCCACCAUCCCAGCCAAAUGGCUUAGUCUUCUUUCAUGUUUCUCUAAGUUUAAUGCAACUGGGAACCAGUAAGAUAUUAUCUUUCCAUACUCACAACACAAGCAUAAUUUUUGAUGAUCUGGAGAAAUACACUGAUUACAUUCUGAAAAUCACACCAGCCACUGAUAAAGGAGCUUCUGAACGGCAUACUCUAAAUCUUCAUAUAAGAACUGAUGAAGAUGUCCCAGAAUCAGCGCCUGUAAUGAAAACAUUUUCAAAUCUCUCAACUACCUCAGUUAUGCUUUCAUGGGACCCUCCUGUUAAGCCAAAUGGUAUUAUAAUACAUUAUGAUUUAAAUCUAUUUGGGCCAGAAAGGAAUAACUCAUUCUCUACCACAAAUAAUUUUAUAAUUUUGGAAGACCUUCUGCCAUUCACAUUGUACAGCAUUUAUGCAGCUGCCAGAACAAUAAAAGGACCUGGUCCAUCUGCUUUUCUUCAGUUCUACACAGAUGAGUCAGUGCCAUUAGCUCCACCCCAGAAUUUGACCAUUAUCAACUACACCGCAGAUUCUGUGUGGCUAAAAUGGGAUCCAAGUCCCCAGUCAAAUGGUGUUAUUAUGAGAUAUAAUUUUAAGAUUUAUCAAAACAACACUGAAAAACUAUAUUUUUGGAACAUUUCAGGUUCAAACCAUGAGGCAAACAUUGUUGGAUUAGAACCAUACAGCCCCUAUUUUAUCAGUGUCUCUGCAUUUACCAAGCUUGGGAAUGGCAAUCAGUUCAGUAAUGCUGUCCAAUUUACAACAAUGGAAUCAGUGCCAGAUGCUGUACAGAACAUUCGUUGUAUCGCAAUGAGUUGGCAAUCGAUCCUAGUGCAGUGGGACCCUCCUGCUUCAGCCAAUGGCAUAAUUACACAUUACAUCAUAGCAAUUGAAGGAAAUUCUACAAAUUUUUCAUCUUAUGAUACACUGCAUACUUUUAGAAAUCUGCUUUCCAACAUUACUUAUCAAAUAAAAAUAAAAGCUGCAACAUCUGCUGGUGAUGGUGAAGAACAGAUAUGCAAUGCCAGUACACUUCCAGAAAAAGUUCCUAGUGCUCCCAGGGAUAUUGUUUUUUCCAAUGUGCAAUCAACAAGUGUGACCUUGCAUUGGAGAUCACCAAAAUCUAUCCUUGGCUACUUUCAAAACUACAAGAUUACCACACAGCUACAAUCCAUCCACUGCAGUGACUGGGAGGCUAUGGAAUGUAUUGAAUAUGAGAAGCGUCAGUAUUUAUAUGAAAAUGUCCUGGAUGACUGGAUAGAAGACACAGUGUAUGGACUGAAAAAAUACAGAUGGUACAGAUUUGCUGUUGCUGCCAGUACAAAUGUUGGUUAUGGCACUUCUUCACCUUGGAUUUCAACUCAAACCCUUCCUGGCUCUCCAGAUGGUCCUCCAGAAAAUGUGACUGUUGUAGCUACAUCUCCUCACAGUAUUAAUGUCAGCUGGAGUGAACCUGCCAUCAUUACAGGACCAACAAGCUACCUCAUAGAUGUUACCUCAGUGGAUAAUGACAACUAUAAAGCUCAGUUUUUGAAGACAAAUGAGGAGGAUAAAAUGUUAGAAAUUUCUGAUUUGAAAGCAUUUACAAGGUAUUCUGUAUUGAUCAUUGCCUUUACGGGGGAUGUUAAUGCUGCACUCCUAGAAGGCAAGCCUAGUUCCCCUGUAAUUGUCUCCACUUUUGAAGCAGUGCCUGAAGACCCACCUAACAACAUAACUUUUCAGAAGAUACCAGAUGAAGUAACAAAAUUCCAAGUAACAUUUGUGCCACCAUCUGAACCAAAUGGAAAUAUUCAAGUGUAUCAAGCUAUGGUUUACAAUGAAGAUGACCCUGCUGCCAUCCAGAUCCACAACCUUAGUGUCAUUAAAAAAAAAGAUCAGUCAGUCACUGCCAUGAUAGAAGGACUAAAAGGAGGACAUACCUAUAAUGUCAGCGUGUAUGCAAUUAAUGGUGCUGGUGCAGGGCCAAAAAUUCAAUUGAAAAUAACCAUGGAUAUCAAAGAACCGCCAAGGCCCAAAAAGAAACCAGCACCAGUUUAUGAUACCAGUGGAGCGUUACUUGUCACAGAUACAACAAUUACAAUCAGAAUGCCAAUAUGUUAUUACAGUGAUGAUCAUGGCCCUAUCAAGAAGAUACAAGUUCUUGUUGCAGAAGCUGGAGCUCAGCAUGAUGGGAAUGUUACCAAGUGGUAUGAUGCCUACUUCAACAGACCAAGGCCAUAUUUUACAAAUGAAGGCUUUCCAAAUCCACCAUGCAUAGAAGGAAAAGAAGAUCUGAGUGGGAAAGAAGAGAUAUAUGUCAUAGGUGCUGAUACUACAUGUCUGAUACCAGGCAGCCAAGACAAAAUAUGUAAUGGCCCACUGAAACCAAGAAGGCAGUACCUAUUUAAGUUCAGAGCAACUAAUAUUAAAGGGCAGUUUACAGAUUCUGACUAUUCUGACCCUGUCAAAACAUUAGGUGAAGGACUGACAGGAAGAUCUGUAGAAGUUGUCCUUGCUGUUACUUUGUGCAUACUUUCAGUUGUUCUUUUGGUGGCUGCAGUAUAUGCUUUCGCAAGAAUUCGGCAAAAGCAAAAAGAGGGAGGCACAUACUCCCCACGAGAUGCUGAAAUUAUUGACACGAAAUUCAAACUAGAUCAGCUGAUCACUGUGGCAGACCUGGAGCUGAAGGAUGAGAGAUUUACACGGCCAAUAAGCAAGAAAUCCUUUGUACAACACGUUGAAGAGCUUUGCACAAACAACAACCUAAAGUUUCAGGAAGAAUUUUCGGAACUUCCCAAGUUUCUUGAAGACCUUGCUUCAACAGAUGCUGAUCUGCCUUGGAACAGGUCUAAGAAUCGUUUCCCAAACAUAAAGCCAUAUAAUAACAACAGAGUAAAGCUGAUGCCUGAUACUGGUAUUCCUGGAUCUGACUACAUUAAUGCCAGCUAUGUGUCUGGCUAUUUAUGUCCAAACGAGUUUAUUGCAACUCAGGGACCUUUACCAGGAACAGUGGGUGAUUUCUGGAGAAUGGUGUGGGAGACAAGAGCUAAAACACUUGUGAUGCUCACACAAUGUUUUGAAAAAGGACGUAUAAGAUGUCAUCAGUACUGGCCAGAAGAUAAUAAACCAGUGACUGUGUUUGGGGAUAUAGUGAUUACUAAAUUGAUGGAAGAUAUUCAAAUAGAUUGGACCAUCAGAGACCUAAAAAUUGAAAGGCAUGGAGACUGCAUGAUGGUGCGGCAGUGUAACUUCACUUCUUGGCCAGAACAUGGAGUCCCCGAAACUACUGCACCAAUUAUCCAUUUUGUAAAACUCAUCCGUGCAAGUCGAGCACAUGAUAGCACACCCAUGGUGGUUCACUGCAGUGCUGGUGUUGGAAGAACAGGUGUUUAUAUUGCACUUGACCAUUUAACCCAACAUGUAAAUGACCAUGAUUUUGUGGACAUCUAUGGACUUGUAGCUGAGCUAAGAAGUGAAAGGAUGUGUAUGGUACAAAACCUGGCACAAUAUAUAUUUUUACAUCAAUGUGUAUUGGAUCUGUUGACAACUAAAGGAAGUAGUCAGCCCUUAUGUUUUGUAAAUUAUUCAGCACUGCAAAAAAUGGACUCUCUGGAUGCCAUGGAAGGUGAUGUGGAGCUUGAAUGGGAAGAAACAACCAUGUAAAUACUAGGAGUAAAUAUUACAGAAAAGGAGAUUUUGAAAAUCAAAGUAAUAUUUUUCUAAGCACAGGGGCCAAAGCGAAUUCCCCUAUUUUGUUGAUUAAAGGAAACACAGAUGAUUGAGACAUCUUUUCUUCUAUCAAGGUGCCUUCAUAAAUAAGUUAAAGUAUUUUACUCAGAACACUGAGCAAUAAUGGUUUGGAGUACUUUUGCACACACUGCACUUCUGGUGUUACAUAAAUAGUGCAUUCACUAUGUAUUUAAAGUGUAUUUGAACACAUUCCUUUUUUCCAAACUAACUUUGUAAAAAGAAAAAUGAGCCAAAUAGGAUGUAAAAAAUUAAUAUUUCUAUUGAACUUACUUUGGUGUGAAUUUGCUGUGUUCUGUAUGGUUUUGUUUUAAGUAAAAGCUAAGGUUUCUUUACUCAUUCUUGAUAGAUUGGCUUCAGUGUUGUCAGUUCUUGCAGAUUAAUUCCUGAACCAUCACAAUGAUCUUUACCUAACUGUAUGUUCUUGUGUUUUGAAUAUUUUUUUUUUUACAAGAGGUAGUACAUCAGCUCAUGAUCCUGAACAGCUGAAGAGUCACCUUCUGACAUGGGGAGGAUUAUUCAGCUUUUACACAGCACACAGUAGCUCUUCAGGGACACUUGGGGCUAUUUAAACUAUUUUAUAAUCAGCAGGUUGGGGUUUUUUCAAAUACAUAAUGAUGAUUGCAUAUGUUCUGUGCAGAAAAAAGUGGUUUACAUUCCUGCUACUUUUUCAAGCAGAUAAAACAAAGUAAAACUAUUAAUCUGUUAUCUGUUAUAAUAAAUGCUAGAUCGACUUAUGUAACAGAAUGUUUAGAAUUCAUUCAAUUUUCUUGAAUAUAACACUAUUCAGCAUUUUGAAAGGUUGCUCAAAAUUUCAUAUCAAUGUAUUUUAUAACACGGUUGUCAAGUAAAGAGUUUUCGCACUUUCCUCAGAUUUGGCAAAUCACUGCAGACACUGAAAAUUAUGGGAGCUAAUACCUAGAGAUUUAAUAAAUGAAAAAAAUCUUCCACUCCCAAUGAUGAUGAUAUGAUGAUUAUUGCUAUUAUUGUAAAUAGAUCUGAAACAGAAAUGAGAGAACCAGGAAGCUUUUAUCUGAGAAGAAAAGCAAAAAUUAGUAGAUUAGGAAGACUAGAGAAAUAAUGAAACUGUGUGCCCUGGUUUCACAUGGAAGUGACAGUAUUCAAUUGGUAUUAUUGGGUGAAAGGGUUAAUUGCUAAGUUUUUCUCAGGUAAAAAAAAUGUAUGAUCAUUCUGAAUAACAAUGAAGCUGUGACCUUAAUAUGAGAUGCAAAACAUAAUAGCAAAGAGACUUUGGAACUGCCAUCUUAUAUUGUGUUUAGACAGAAGAAAUCAAAGCUGUCUUGUUGAGGCAUCAAGCUCAGGGAAGUCAGACAAAACUCUUUAGAGCCCUGAAAUUUGUAUGUGAGGGGCUGUUCUUAUGUGCACACACUCUGAACAGAAUAGCCAAUGAACAAAAAUUUCCAUUUCUUCACUGUAGCUUCCAGACAGAAAAUACUAUGCAGAAGGUAACAUGGUACUUUUUCAGAACUAAAUGAUGGUAGUUUUAGAAACUGGCAAGGAUGGCACAGUGCAGACCCUUUUUAAUUUUGCAGAAAGUGCCAAAUAUCUAAAAUGAAAAUUGAAAGACAGCAUUUAAGGAGGUAGAAGUGGGCUACAGAGAUAUUUGGGCAAUCUGUCUUUUAGGAAGAUCAACGGUAUUGUAAACAUCACCUGUCAAGCUAAAAAGAAAACAAUGCCUUUUAAAGCUUGGUAGGGGGAGAGAGAGGUGAUGUCCACAGCUGUUCAAGUCUCUGGCAAAGCAUUCGGUGCAGCUCUAGUUUCAUUUGGUUCCUAUGAAACAUGUGUUCUUCAUUUAUUAUAUAUGUACUUUAAAGUAUUCUGACAAAUUGCUUAUAGGGACUUACAGAUGUUUUUCAUGAUUUGUGGUUGUACUUGGUAGCAGUACAGGGAGCACUGUGAUAAAUUGACAUUAUAGAGUCAUAAUCUUGUAUAGUCUUAUAUCUACAAUGAUCUGGAGGAAAAUCUAAGCCUUAUGCAACUUAGGGAUGAACUCCAGAAGUUCUAAAUGUGCUUAAGUGUUCUCUGGCUUUAAUAAAAUACUUAAUGGUGAAGAUUCUAUGCACUCCUUUAGGGGACCUGCCUAUGGGUGCACUGUGGGUUACACUGCAUUCAGAAACCUGCCUGUCUGACAGAA